ACCUGCCAUCUCGAGUUUCCACUAACGACAUCACCGUCCUCGCGCUUCUUCUCGCCUCGCUCGUAAAGUGCGACCGUUAUAACGUCACCCUCCGCGUGAUCCGGGAAUUUGCGAUAAACAUCUCAGUGACGAUGGCUUUCUUUGGCACGGUGCUCAACACCGUUGGCGCAUUGUUCCUCACACAUGCUGUCUACUCUGCCCACGAACACACGACAGCGUUCGCCAACACCCCGCUUCCCCUCGACAUCACUCUCGAGCUGCUCGUCGGCGUUUUCCUCCUCUCUACCGGCAUUGUGGUUUCUGCCGACAAGCUGAAGCCCAUCCAAUACACCAAGUGGGCAGGUCAGAUCUCUCGGGAGGGCAGGCAUGGAGAGGGCAAGUACACAAGAGAGGGAGAGGAGAUCCUGAGCGAAGGAGACCCUUACGCUUUCUUGGGGCUGGACGGCGGCAUCAACGGAAAGGGCGAAGGCCGCCGCGGAUUCUGGGACGUUAAGGGCAAGAGGAAGGAGUAUGACGAGUGGGUCCGCGGGAAGCAGUGAGAACGGGACCGUAGCCGACAAACAAUCACCUGUUUCUCUUUUGCUUCAGGGAACCACCGCGCAUGAGAGGCCCACGUGGUUUUGCUAAAGCAAAAGAGCAACAGGGAAUGCUCAGGUAUGAUUGAUGUGUAUCGAAUAUUUCCUUGGUUUCAGGGCAAUACCACGCAUGAGAGGCCAUGGGGUCAUGCU